AUGACGGAUUUAGGAGGCAUCCAUGCCUUCUUUUCAGGAGCGAGACGCAACACAUUGCGGUCCCGCUCUUCCUGCGACGUGCCGACAGAAGUGCUGGCGCCUCGCUGUGAAGUGGUGUCCAUAGGAGAACCGACACCACUGUUAGCGCCCGAGUCUCACGACCUCGAGCGCCUUCGCUUCGGCGAUGGUUCAUCUGAUUCAUCAGAUGAACCAAAGAUGCUACGGCGUAUAGCAUCAUCCAUGCCACGCUUGGCAGGCGGCUUGGAUUCGAUCGCCGUCGAUACGGAUCCGUCUUCCGUAUCAGGAGAGUAUGAGACACCGAGCUCGUACUCUGUGAAGACACGAGUGUCUUCAUGA